AUGCCGACUUUUGACGGGCGCGGGCUGGUGCCGCCAGGGCCUGCCGGGGCCCCUGUGGCGCCGAUGCCAGUGGAGCUGUCUUCUGAUGAGUCCCGCGGGGAGGAAGAGGAGGAGGAGGACUCGGAGGUGACCCCCGAAGGGAUGGGGGAAACCUCCCCCUUGAGCAUGGCCGACAUCCUCCACACCCUGCCAGACGACGACGAGGCCGACGCCCGCCAGGAGAAGGGGGAGCCGCCCAUGGUCCCGAUGAGGGGCAGGACGGCGCUGGUCUCCCAAGGUGCCACCCCAGCUUUGACGCCGCCUGGGGCUGCCUCCGGCCCCUCCGCUGCCCCCGCUUCUGCUCCUGGAGCCUGCGCGCACGUACUUCAAGCCUCGAGGCUCUCGGGCUUCAAGCUCACCAAGUGGAGGGUGGACUACGCCACGGUGGACCAGCCGACGCCUGUGACAAAGAAGAGGAAGGAGGGGGUGGUUGUGCCGCCCGGGACCAACCCGCCUGCUCCGUCAGCGUCUCCCUCCGUGGAGAAGGGCUGCGUUGGCGCUCAUGUCUCUCCGGCCCGGUCGUCCUCGCGAGGCAUGGGGGAGAACCCUCGGGAGGAGUCAGCCCCCGUGGCCUCGCUGGAUCCGGAGGCACCGGCGUCCGGCUCGGCUGUUGAAGCCUCCGAGGCUCAGGAGCUCCCAGCUUCCCAGGCUAUGGUGACAAUACCUUCUCCUCCACCUCCUGCUGCGCCGCUGAUCCCAAGUCCUUCUGCCUCUCCUGACUAUUGGAGCACGCCCUUCUGGAGAUGA